AUCUGGAUUACUAUCCUUUCUUCUCGUGAACAAUUUCUCCAUUCUUUUGAUUUUGUUGGGGAUUGGGUAUCUAGAGUAUCUGGGUUUUGGAGAAUUUUUGUCUGGCUUUAAUUGGCAUAGGAUGUGGGAAUUUUAAAAAAUUUCAAUUAAUUUUCAGAUUAUUCCCUUUUGUCUCCCUUGGGUUAUUACCGUUUAGUGGAGGGAUUAGGUCGCUUUUCUGCAGUCUUGAUUUUUCUUUUUGUUUUUUAGGUAGAAAAUAUAAGUAGUUGGUGGUGAGUAGUAAGUCAGGGUCUGGGGCUGCUGCUAAAGGUCAAGUUUUUGGUUUUUUUUGGGGGGUGGGUGGUCCUUGUUUGCUUAUUUGUCAGUAUUUAAAAAUGAUUCAAUAUUGUGAGUGGUAAUUAGGAUCGACAUGUUUUGAGAUUUAUUGGAUCGAAUUAUUUCCCCCCCUCCUUUGUUUUCCCCGCUGCUUUGAUCUUCCUGGCUCGUUUUUGUUUACUAUUUUGUGGUUGCUUGGCCGAUAUUUGAGGGUUUUGAAACUCGAACUGGGAUUUGGAUAUUAGGGUUCUUCUUGUCUUGGUUUAAAUCACUGGGCGUGAAAGGUUUUGUAGCAAGUUUCUUACUUAGAAUUUAAGGGAAAAUUUUGAAAUUAUAAUAGAUUUUUUUUUUUUUUCAUAUCUUUAAUUCACUGAUUGGGAUGUUAGCUUUGCUGGGUGUUUGUACGAAUUUGAUUCGGAUAACAGAGAAUUUCUUUUCAAAUUUUCUGUCAAUCUGGUCGUUCUAGGAUGAAGGACUAUUUGUAAUUGGAUUGGAUUGGAUUUCGUCAGUUUGGUUGCAGUUGAUAAAGGUUCCUUCUUUUUUUCUCCUUUGAAAGUUGUUCUCUGGUAAUUGUGAUUUUUCUUUGUGCUUUGUUUCUUUCUUUUUUUCGGUUUCUUAUAUUUCAGUUAGAAUUCGUAACGGUGGAUUUGAGGAUCAUGGGUGAAGAUGGAAGGGUUGAGACAGCUGACAAGGUCAAGGUUCAGGAGGGGGGCCUAGGUUCGAAAGUAACUGGUGUUGGAAAUAUUAGUAGCAAAGAUGUAUUUUUCAGAGCUGACAAGAUAGAUUUGAAGAGCUUGGAUUUACAGUUGGAGAAGCACCUUAGCAGGGUGUGGUCGAGGGACAAGCGGGCGCCGAAGCCACAGGAGGAGUGGGAGAUUGAUUUAUCUAAAUUGGACUUAAGAUAUGUUGUUGCUCGUGGGACUUAUGGUACUGUCUACCGAGGCAUCUAUGAUGGUCUGGAUGUUGCUGUGAAGAUAUUGGAUUGGGGAGUGGAUGAUAUUGCAACAACAACUGAAAUCGCUAGUCUCCGAGCAACAUUUCUACAAGAGAUUGCUGUGUGGCAUAAGCUUGAUCAUCAAAAUGUUACAAAGUUUGUUGGAGCUUCAAUGGGAACUUCGAAUCUUAAGAUUCCUUCAAAGAAUUCUUCAAACGAUGGUCAUAAUUCUCUUCCUUCCAGAGCAUGUUGUGUUGUCGUGGAGUAUCUUCCAGGAGGCAAUCUAAAGCAAUUUUUAAUAAGAAAUAGGCGAAAGAAACUUGCCUUUAAAAUUGUGAUCCAAAUUGCUUUGGACCUCUCUAGGGGUUUGAGCUAUCUACAUUCUCAGAAGAUUGUACAUCGGGAUGUUAAGACUGAAAAUAUGUUGCUAGAUGCUCAGAGAAAUCUAAAAAUCGCUGAUUUUGGUGUUGCUCGUGUUGAAGCUCAAAAUCCAAGGGACAUGACUGGUGAAACAGGUACCCUUGGGUAUAUGGCCCCAGAGGUACUCGAUGGUAAACCUUACAAUAGAAGAUGUGAUGUCUAUAGCUUUGGCAUAUGCUUAUGGGAAAUAUAUUGCUGUGAUAUGCCAUAUGCUGAUCUUAGUUUUACUGAAGUCUCAUCUGCAGUAGUUCGACAGAAUUUACGACCAGAAAUCCCUAGAUGUUGCCCAAGUUCAUUUGCAAAUAUCAUGCGAAAAUGCUGGGAUGGAAAUGCAGAAAAACGUCCGGACAUGAACGAAGUGGUGAGGUUGUUAGAAGCCAUUGAUACAAGUAAGGGAGGAGGCAUGAUACCUGAAGAUCAAGCUCAUGGUUGUUUCUGUUUCAGCAGUGCUCGUGGUCCCUGAGUCUCCUCUUUGCAUCCUUUUUAUGUAUGCUGGUAAGUUAGCAAUGGGGCAAUGGAGCAGUUCUCUUGAUGGCUGGCAAUGACACGUAGAAGAUAUUCAAAAAUUUAAAUUGCUAGCUUGCCAAAUAGGUUCUCAUUGUGUACAUAGUAUAAAAUCAUCUAGGCAGUGAACAAAUGAUCUUUGAAAAGGUUUACAAGUCUGUAGUCUAUAAGUGUUCUAAAAAAAAAGUAUAUAUAUAUAUAUUAGGGAAAAAAGUAUGAAAUUAAUAUAUAAUUAAAUGAAACUUGAGUUAUGCAUUUUUUUUUUUUUUGUUAUUAUAUGGAUAAGAACAGAGUUUGAUUAGUUUUGUGUUCUACCUCUUGCAAUGCCCUAAAAGGUGUUGAG